CCUUCAUUCGGUAUGGGGCUGGAGGCCCAGCGGCUGCCUGGGGACGAAGAGGCUCCAGUGAGGGUGGCCCUUCGAGUCCGCCCACUGCUGCCCAAGGAGCUGCUCCAUGGACACCAGAGCUGCCUGCAGGUGGAGCCAGAGGAUGGCCGGGUCACCCUGGGGCGUGACCGCCACUUUGGCUUUCACGUGGUGCUGGCAGAGGACGCUGGGCAGGAGGCUGUGUACCAGGCCUGCGUGCAGCCCCUCCUGGAGGCCUUCUUUGAGGGCUUCAAUGCCACUGUCUUUGCCUAUGGCCAGACGGGCUCCGGGAAGACAUACACCAUGGGGGAGGCCAGUGUGGCCUCCCUGCAGGAGGAGGAGCAGGGCAUCAUCCCGAGAGCCAUGGCCGAGGCCUUCAAGCUGAUCGACGAGAACGACCUGCUGGAUUGCCUGGUGCACGUGUCCUACCUGGAGGUGUACAAGGAGCAGCUCCGCGACCUGCUGGAGGUGACCACGGCCAGCCGCGACAUCCAGCUGCGGGAGGACGACCGCGGGAGCGUGGCGCUGUGCGGGGUGAAGGAGGUGGACGUGGAGGGCCUGGACGAGGUGCUGAGCCUGCUGGAGAUGGGCAACGCGGCGCGGCACACGGGGCCCACGGCCUUCCACCGGCGCUCCAGCCGCUCGCACACGGUGUUCACGUCCACCAGCACCGAGCCCGUGGCGCGGGGGCUCAAGCGUAGCCCAGGUGGCCUGCACGGCUGGCCCCCGGGGCCCCGGGGCUCGGAGCAGGGUCGGGUGGGGCCGGGAAGGGCCGGCCCGGCCGCCCACUCUGGAAGCCUCUCUCCCGCUCCCCAGGAGGACGAGGGGGCGCAGCAGCUGCUGGCCCUGCAGGCCCAGGUGGCGCGGCUGGAGGAGGAGAACCGGGAUUUUCUGGCUGCGCUGGAGGACGCCAUGGAGCAGUACAAGCUGCAGAGUGACCGGCUGCGCGAGCAGCAGGAGGAGAUGGUGGAACUUCGGCUGCGGCUAGAGUUGGUGCGGCCUGGCUGGGGGGACCCCGGGCUCCUGCAGGGCCUGCCCCCCGGAUCCUUCGUGCCCAGGCCUCACACAGCCCCUCUUGGGGGCGCCCACAGCCAACGGCUGGGCAUGGUGCCCUCUGGUUGUCUUCCUGGAGAUGAAGUUGACCCUGAGCCGUGGGGUGAGCAGGUGACAGACGGCAGGGAGGCUGGAGCCGAGCUGCUGGCCGAGGUGGACAGGCUGGAGAGCGGCUCCUCUUCAGAGGAAGAAGAGGAGCUGCCCAGGAGGGCCUUACACCUCCGCAGGAAUGGAGUCAGCCACUGGAGCCAGAGGCAGAGGCCAGGGAGCCCGCCGGACAGGAAGGACCCAGAGGCCUGCCCUCAGGAGCCGGGAUCUGCCGUCCCCGGGCCCAAACCAGCCGGUGGCCGUCAGGCUGUGGUCCCCACCCGCCAGGCCCCCGCCGCCUCAGCCUGGGAGUGGCGGCUGGCCCAGGCCCAGCAGAAGAUCCGGGAGCUGGCCAUCAACAUCCGCAUGAAGGAGGAGCUCAUUGGGGAGCUGGUUCGGACAGGGAAGGCGGCCCAGGCCCUGAACCGUCAGCACAGCCAGCGCAUUGGGCAGCUGGAGCGGGAGGCGGAGCGGGCGCGGGCCGAGCUGAGCGAGGGCCAGAGGCAGCUGCGGGAGCUGGAGGCCCGGGAGCCGCGGGACGCAGGCGAGCGCUCCCGGCUGCAGGAGUUCCAAAAGAGGGUGGCUGCCGCCCAAAGCCAGGUGCAGGUGCUGAAAGAGAAGAAGCAGGCGACCGAGCGGCUGGUGUCGCUGUCGGCGCAGCGCGAGAAGCGGCUGCAGGAGCUGGAGAGGAAUGUGCAGCUCAUGCGGCAGCAGCAGAGCCAGCUGCAGCAGCGGCUGCGGGACGAGAUGGAGCAGAAGCGGCGCCUGGAGACGGAGAUGAACAAGCGGCAGCACCGUGUCAAGGAGCUGGAGCUGAAGCACGAACAGCAGCAGAAGAUCCUGAAGAUCAAGACGGAGGAGAUCGCGGCCUUCCAGAGGAAGAGGCGCAGCGGCAGCAAUGGCUCUGUGGUCAGCCUGGAGCAGCAGCAGAAGAUCGAGGAGCAGAAGAGGUGGCUGGACCAGGAGAUGGAGAAGGUGCUGCAGCAGCGGCGGGCGCUGGAGGAGCUGGGGGAGGAGCUCCGCAAGCGGGAGGUCAUCCUGGCCAAGAAGGAGGCCCUGGUGCAGGAGAAGACAGGGCUGGAGAGCAAGCGCCUGCGGUCCAGCCAGGCCCUGAAUGAGGACAUCGUGCGGGUGUCCAGCCGCCUCGAGCACCUGGAGAAGGAGCUGUCUGAGAAGAGCGGGCAGCUGCGGCAGGGCAGCGCCCAGAGCCAGCAGCAGAUCCGCGGCGAGAUCGACGCCCUGCGCCAGGAGAAGGACGCCCUGCUCAAGCAGCGCCUGGAGAUCGACGGCAAGCUGCGGCAGGGCAGCCUGCUGUCCCCCGAGGAGGAGCGGACGCUGUUCCAGCUGGACGAGGCCAUCGAGGCCCUGGACGCCGCCAUCGAGUACAAGAACGAGGCCAUCACGAGCCGCCAGAGGGUGCUGCGGGCCUCGGCCUCCCUGCUGUCCCAGUGCGAGAUGAACCUCAUGGCCAAGCUCAGCUACCUCUCCUCCUCCGAGACCAGAGCCCUGCUCUGCAAGUACUUUGACAAGGUGGUGACGCUGCGAGAGGAGCAGCACCGGCAGCAGAUCGCCUUCUCGGAGCUGGAGAUGCAGCUGGAGGAGCAGCAGCGGCUGGUGUACUGGCUGGAGGUGGCUCUGGAGCGGCAGCGCCUGGAGAUGGACCGGCAGCUGACGCUGCAGCAGAAGGAGCACGAGCAGAGCGUGCAGCUGCUGCUACAGCAGGGGCGAGACCACCUGGGCGAGGAGCUGGCAGACAGCAAGAGGCAGUACGAAGCCCGGAUUCAAGCUUUGGAGAAGGAACUGGGACGCCACCUGUGGAUAAACCAGGAGCUGCGGCAGAAGCUCGGGGGCCCCGGGGGCGGCGUGGCCGGCCCAGGCAGGGGGGGAGAACGGCGGACCCUCGGCAUGGAGCACAGACAGGCUCCUGGAGAAGAUGGGCUGCACACAGCAGGCCCUGAACUUUUCUGGCCGCCCUCCCUCGAGGCCGGGCCCCGAGCCAGGGAGGAGCCGAGGGACCCGGUGCGGGGGCCCCUGCCCCUGACGUGGAAGCGCUGCAGCAGCCUGGGCGGCGAGGAGCAGGGCUCCCCAGAGGACCCAAGGCCGCGGGAGGUGGCCGAGCCCCUAGGGGCCCGGGUGUUACCUGCAGGGGAUGGGGGCCUGUCCUGGAACUUCGGACCCUUGCUCAAGUCCCGGUGGGAGCCCCGAAGAGCCAGCCCGGGCAUGAUCGAUGUCCGCAGGAAUCCCCUGUAGAGCCGGGGGCCAGGCUGCCUCCGCCCUGCUCACGCCCACGGAUGGUGGCAUCUGGGGCUUCAGCCCCAAAGUGGGCUCUUCUGCUGUACCUGGGAUGCACCUGUUCUCACACCUCCAGCCCUUACUUUGCAAGUAGACGUAAAUCCUUGCGACCCAAUUUGAGCUGCUCGUGGUGUGGGACUCGGGACACAGGCUCCGGGCUCAGGCCCGUGUGCUGGGUCGGCCCAAGGCCAGUAUAGGUCAGCUGCGGCAGGUGUCUAUGCAGCAAAGGUCUACGUAGCCAGGGGACGUGGGAAAUUAUUUUCUUAGAACUUUUACAAACCAUUUUGCAAUAAACAGGGAUGUGA